UGAGAGCUCGGAGCUGUCCUCGGUGCUGAACAUCUGCUGCUGGAUCGACAUCUUCAUCAUCUUCAUCACUCCGUGUUUUUCAUUACACGUCCUCACCUGCGGCAACAGGAAGUAUCUCCGUGAGUGAAUCCCCAAAUGAAGAAGUUCCUGGAGACGCAAGACAUUAAGAUAGAAGCUCUUUCAGUAAAUCAACAACUUGCUGCAACACAGCCAAACCGUUUGAAGUGAUUAAACAAGAAAACGCUCUCUGAAGCACCACAAAGCGGAUCAUUUACAGCCUGCGAGCGCUUUGAUUGAUCUAUGGAACAUCUGCAGCCGCUCCAUUUGUAAUCACAAUAUAUGCACCUCUAAGGCUGCUAUUGGAAGACAUUACAAAUAUUGUCAAAUAAACUGAGGACCUCGCAGAUGAUUUGAGUUGAACAGUAACCUCUGCUUCUCUUGGGAGGAACAGACAGGACCAGUAAAUCUAAUUAGACCUCAGUGGGCAUGCCUCAGCUUGCUGCUCGGCUCAUCAGGGGGCUUAUUCGUUUGCACUACUGAUUUGCCGAGUGUUAUCUCGACUGGAACAGUUUCUCCGCCCUCUGGUUUGUGGGAAACUCUGCGGUUAACCUCUGUCAGAUUUCACAAUGUGAUCGCCCUCUGGGUAUAGAAAUCACGAAGAUGACCCUGCAAAGCCAUGCUGCUCCUCAUAGCUUCUGACCGCAAAAUAACACAGUGAACGAUUUAAACCUUCGAAGCAUUACCUUACUUUCAAGAUGAGCGACUCAAACUACUGGGUGGUGGACUAUGAGAUCACGUCUCCUGCUCCGCCCGGGUUCCCCAGGGGCCCCACGGUGCCGCAGCCCAUGCCGGGGCACCCCGAGCAGGGGUCGGCCCUGUGCUUCGUCGGCCUCCUGGUGCUGCUGCUGCUCUUUCUCGUUGUUCGUUGCAUCCGUAUCCUAUUGGACCCCUACAGCAGCAUGCCCUCCUCCUCGUGGACGGACCACAAGGAGGGAAUGGACAGAGGACAGUUUGAUUACGCACUGGUGUGAAGAUGAUCGGAAGAUGGAGGAGAGGGAUGAAUUUGGAGAUAUGUAAAGGUACUUUAAAGUGAUUUUUGAUGGAUGAUAAUCGUUUUGCACCCUGCUAAAAACCUCCGCUUCUGAAAAUGAAUAAACUCCGGUUUGUUUGUUGUGUGAUUGAGGAACUAUAAUGGAAGCUGAAAAGAUGAGCAUAACAAACCCUUGAAGCCCCAGUAUCUCUGGAAGUAUUAUGUUCAGAGAGAAGAAGAGCAGACACACCAAAGGUCCUGCAUUCAUUUUCAUUCAUUCAUUUUGUGUAUUGUGUUACACUGAAGCUUUUACAGUACCACACCCUGCAGGAAGAGAGCGAUCAGUAUCGCCGUAUUACAUUAUGACUCCCAUUUGUCAUGUCAUUCUUUAAUUCUAUAAUGUUUUUACAAAUCCCAGGGCUGCAUGAUAAACAGCGAAAGAGGUCCUGAUUGAAUAAAAGAGAUACAAUGAGUUUAGUGCAGACAUUUCAUUUGUUUUGACAUAAGUAAUGCCCACUGUUACAGACAAUUUAGAGCAAUAUAGGCAGGCAAUUUUAUAUGUGGAUUAACUGUCCAAAUGUAAACAUGACAAUUAAGAAGAUGUCAUAGUUUUUCUGGAACUUGAAACCUCUUUUAUGUAUUUCUAAAUGUGAACCAUGCUAGAAAUUGUGAGGCAUUUGAACCACCUCCAACAUGAAAAUGAUUUAUAAUUAUCAAAUGCUUCUAUAAUCUGAAGGAAAAGCUUAAAUCACUUCUUGAAAUGUAGCUUUGGGUAUUUGUGUCUCUCUAUGUUAUUUAAAAUGCACUGUGUCCUAAAUUCCGAUCAUAUCCUAUUAUAAAAGCUGAUGGUAAUAAUACAUAACAGUUCAUACAAAAUAUUUUAUUUGGGGUUUUGCUCCUUCCUGUUCCCAUCCCUUUAAGAAGCUUAUGAGGCACAUUGCGGAGGGUCACAGCGCUGACUCACUAUGUGUCAUAUAAAGUUAUGAUUAAGAAAUGCAUGUACACCAAUUUCCAACCCCUAAUCCUUUUUUUGCCUUUAGUCCCAUCCACCAGCCAAAUCUGUUGCACAGUGCCUGUAGGAAUAUGAGAAAGCUAAUAACUAUUUAUUACUAUUGUUACUGCUCCUCUUGCCACUUGUUUCGUUAUAUUGUUUAUUCCCUUGUUAUACUGUAAAGUCUUCUCUUUAUAAAUAAAGUUUAGUAUUGAUAUUUUACGGAUUUGUCAAAAAAAAAGAUUUGUUUUAUUAUUUAUGACCAAAUGACUGUUAAUCAAUACCAAACUUUUGUAUGUGGUCCCUCUUCCUGGAUGUAGACUCUGGUAAAGAGGACAGGUUUUCCUUGUGUUUCUUUAUAGUGGAAUUUAGUUUUUGAAGG